ACAAAAAAUGAUAACAUCCUGCCAAAGACUUUACAUAGGCACUUUGCUCCUGCGCCAUGACAGAAUUUGAAGGGCAUUCGCGUAUAUUUUAAACUUAGACAAGGAUGAAUACUUUACUCAAGGGCAUCCAUUCUGCAUGGCGUUAAAUAAACUGAUGACCACACUGAAGAUCAAAACAACUGUCAGGACAGUGGGCGUUUCAGGUCUUGAACGCCUCCUGACACCUGUGUUACUCAUGGUCUAACCAGAUGACGUUAGCUAGUGUUCUGGGUGGACUCACUUUUCUGCUCAGUAGAUCGGGGGAGUCAUGGCGACUACAAGCCUCCUACAGUCUGUUGCCCGAGUCUUCUUCACAGUGAGCAGGUCCGCCCGCUCGGCAAGAACAAAACGGUCUCUAACUAUUCGAGGACAGACAGCAACUGCUGGAGGAGGGGUCUGGCUGCUCUCUGUACCUGCUGUUUGUUAUCUGGGGAGUGAGCUGUACCAGAGAUUACGCAGGGCAGCAACAGUGCAUGCACUCAGCCCCGUGGAGGCGGUCCUUGAACAGGCUGACUACCUUUACAGCUGUGGGGACACAGAGAAACUCCACCAGCUCCUUCUGCAGUACAAAAGCAGCGAUGAUGCAGAGUUUCUUUGGCGGCUGGCCCGGGCGUGUCGUGACCUCUCUCUCCUGUCGCAUGUGGGGGCAGAGCAGAAGAAGCAGCUGACCUAUGAGGCGUUAGAGUACGCCUCGCGCGCCCUAGAGAAGAACGACGCCUGCUUUGCUGCUCAUAAGUGGUAUGCCGUGUGCUUGAGUGACGUCGGCGAUUACGAAGGAGUCAAAGUGAAAAUUGGGAACUCCUAUAUCAUAAAAGAACAUCUGGAGAGGGCAGUAGAGCUCAACCCCAAAGAUGCCACCUCUCUCCACAUACUUGGCUACUGGUGCUACGCCUUUGCAGAGCUGCCCUGGUACCAACGGAAGGUAGCUGCCAUGAUAUUUGCCUCCCCACCCACGGCCACGUUUGAGGAGGCCCUCGUGUUUUUUCAGAAAGCCGAGGAAGUGGAUCCUAACUUUUACAGUAAGAACCUGCUGAUGAUGGGAAAGUCCUAUAUGAUGUUGAAGGACAAUGGGCAAGCCGUGGCAUGGCUGACAAGGGCGCAAGACUAUGUCCCUCGGACAGAGGAGGAUAAACAGGUGCAUAAAGAGGCUGUGGAUCUUCUGAAGAAGCUCAACGCUUGACGUCUCCCUGCAGAAGUGGAUCCCUCUCCGAUAAAGAUUUGCUUAGUUCCAGUCGUCUGGAUAACUGGGAUGAUUCUGGCCUGUUUCAGUUGUAUUCAUUCUGUGUAAAUCUGCCUUAACCUUUUAUUUUCAAAAGUGCCCAAUGGUUUACAAACUUCCCUUAACUUUGAAAUAAAAUUGUAAUUUCUAAAACA